CCCUCCAUCAUGGCGGCGGCGGCGGCGGCAAAUUAGGGCAGAGCUCGCACCGCCUCACGCGCGCGCCCGCGCGCGCCCACCACCCCCCGGCGGACCGACCCGGAGCGGCGCGGCUCCUCGCCCGCCCGGCCUGCCCACCCCUUCCCUCCUCCUCCUCCUCCUGUUCUUUCCCGUCCCUCCCCCCACGCCGCUCGCAGUCUUCCUCAGUUCCCCAGAAAAACCCCUACGUGCCCCCUAAGAGCACUGCCACGUCGCAAGCCAACCCAAUGGCGUCCUCUACUGCUGUGCCUGUAGGAUUUCACUAUGAAACAAAAUACGUAGUUCUCAGCUACUUGGGACUUUUAUCACAAGAGAAGCCACAGCAGCAUCCUCCUCCUUCAACUCAAGGGACUCAACAACAGCUUACAGCACAACAGGCUUCAGAGAAAGAGGCUUUGGAGAAGAUUAAAAUAGAAAUCGAGGAGGAGCUAAAAUGUCUCGAUGAAGAAAUCUUGGAAGCAUUUACCACUACAGGAUUUGACUGCCACACUUCCCCAGUGUUCAGUCCUGCCAACCCAGAGAGCUCAAUAGAAGACUGCCUGGCUCAUUUGGGGGAGAAAGUGUCUCAAGAAUUGAAGGAACAUCUGCACAAAGCUCUGCAGAGCUUGCUUAGCAAGCCAGUGACGUAUCAAGAGUAUCGAGAGCGCACACAAGAGACAGCUGCUCAUGCCACUGGAUGGAACAAGGUCUUGGUACCCCUGAUUCUGCUGCAGCAGUUUCUGAUGGAGUUAACCAGACGAGGGCAGGAGCCACUGAGUGCACUUGUGAACUUCGGGGUGACAUAUCUAGAAGACUAUUCUGCAGAUUAUAUCAUUCAACAAGGAGGAUGGGGGACAGUCUUUACCUUGGAAUCUGAAGAGGAAGAGUACCCCGGGCUGAUUGCAGAGGACAGCAAUGACAUCUACAUCCUGACCAGCGACAACUCGGGACAGGUGAGCCCCCCGGAGUCCCCCACGGUGACCACGUCCUGGCAGUCGGAGAGCCUGCCCGUCUCCCUCUCGGCGAGCCAGAGCUGGCACACGGAGAGCCUGCCCGUCUCCUUGGGACCCGAGUCCUGGCAGCAGGUGGCCAUGGAUCCUGAAGAAGUCAAAAGCCUGGACAGCAAUGGCGGGGCUGAAGAAAGGAGUGAGAACAACUCUUCCAACUCCGAUAUAGUUCACGUGGAGAAGGAGGAGAUACCGGAGGGGAUUGAGGAAGCGGUGGUGUCAGAGACAACAGCGCAGGCAGCAUUUCCAGAAACCCCUGCUGCUUUACAGGAAGCAAAACCUCCGGCUGAAAUUGCUACUGCUGAAAAAGCUCAUCCCUCCGCGCUUCUGCGCACGAAACAGGAGGAAAAGGGAAAAGCGGCUGAAGAGGUCGUUGAACCUGAAAUGCCCAGAUUAAGCAAACCUGUCCCCAAGGCAGCUCCAUCGCAAGAAAAGCCCGCACCCGAACCUGAGAAAAUACUGCUUCCGGCGGAAAAAAAAGUGGGGAAAGAGGGCCGCUUGGAAGAAAUAGAAGAGAAGUCCUGCACUACAGAGGAGAAGCCCAUCUUGUUGCCGGAAGGGAAAUCGAUACUGCUGUACGGCGGGGCUGCUGCCGUGGCCAUCUUGGCUGUGGCCGUCGGGGUAGCGCUGGCACUUAGGAAAAAGUAACGGAGCUCGCGCUCUCUCUCUCUGCCUCUCUCUCUGAAGGAGGAAGAGGAGGAGGGGGGAAGGAGAAGAGAGCGUGAUCUGAUUCCUGUAGUUGUGUUACUUAAAAGGUUGAGCUGCCUGCUGUUUCAUUGGACGUUUUAGUAACUUAAUGGUGAUGGGGGUGAGGCCGUUGUUCAGUGGGCCUCUGGCUGUGGACAAUCAACAUUUUUAGUAGAACCAAGGCAGGGACUGACUGGUUUUUCGCGAUUAAAGUACAGGGGUAUUUUUAAAAACAAACAAACAAACAAAACAAAAACAUUCUGCAAAUUUAAGAACUUAAGCGCAGGUGCUGAAGAAAGGGGUGCUCGUACUCUAGGAACUGGAACAGAGAAAUCCCCAGGGGAAGGGGAGAGAGACAGCUGCUGCCAACCCCUGGAGUUUUUGGCUUCUCAGAGUGACCGCUAUUGCAGCUGUGCUGUCUUGUCACUUCCCAUCGCUUCCCCGAGCCCUCCCUGGCAAACUUUGCCAACUUGAGUCCUGUAGCGAGAGGCUGAUCUCCCUUUUGGCUCAGCUUCCUCUCAGGUACAGCACUGCUCCUCCUAAUCUCGCAGGUUCCUCCUAAGCCCCAGUGGGAGAGUGCUUAUUCUUACCUCUUUGCUCACACCAGUUUUGGCCCCUAACAUUUACUGGAGCCCCAUCCUGUAAAGAUGCUGCCUCUCUAUAGCUGUAUUAUCUCUGAGCAUCCUGGUGUUCCUGGGGGUGGGGAGGGCGAGGAGGAAGCAGGGGAAUUACACUGCUAUUUGCUGGUUUAAGAAUCUAUUUGCUCUGCUCCUGCCCAGCCCACUUUCCUACCACCCUUGAGUUACCAGAGGUGCAAAAUCCAUGCUGGACACAGUGCCAUUCUGAUCAGAGCUCUGCUACCAACCAGGGUAUGUUCAGCAAAGGUACGGCAAAGCUACGUGUCAGUGAGGCCAGUGCCUCCUGUGCAGUGCAAAGGUCACACGCUACGCUGCCCUCUGUCACACCACAGCCUGCAGCGUCUUUCCCAGAUGAAGCACAGAGUGUAUUUAGUCCUCACUUGGCUGUGACGAUUCCAGGUACAUAAAGCAAUGGACUACAGUAACUGAGGAAAACGACAUUAAACAUCUCCUCUGCCUGCCUGUCA